GCUCACCUCUCCUUUUUGUUUCCGAACCCAGACCAGGGUGUGAUAGUGCAGUUUGCUUCUUGUAUACUCCUUUCAGCACCACGGCCGACAUAAUGGCGGCCACAACCACCGUCCACCGCACCUCCAGCCGGGACCUCUCCCGCACCUCCACGAUGGAAAUGCGGGACCUGCUCAACACCGAAUUCGAACCGGAGCGGAUUUUCACCGCGGGCGAGGGCACGGACAAGCAGAUCGAAAAGUUAGAGAAAAAGCAGGACGCUUAUAUGCAAAAACUGGAGGACCUCGGAAUAACCGAUGUUCCGAAAGAAGAAGUCCUCCUCACCGGCGAGAAAAUUCUGUUCGGCGACGACGACGAAAUCCAGCUUCCGGAAAAACAGGGAAUAGAAGCCGAGAAGGAAAAGAAGCGGAAGGAGGCCGAACUCCAGUUCCCAACCACGAGAGUUGUGGACAUUAAUGAAGCAGAUUAUGAAGAUUUAUCAGAGGAGCCCCGCUUCAGAAAACCACCAGUGAUCAACUAUUUGAACAAGCAGCGAGACGUCGCACUUCCCCCAACAUCCAAAGCGUUCUCUUCCGCCCCGAAAUUCUGGGUGAAUGACGACGUUUCCGACCCGUUCGACGCUUUCAUCGCUGCGAGAACAGUGGAAACAAAGGAGAAAAUCAGCUUCGAGGAUUGGAAGAUCCAGCGGGCGCAGAAACAGGACGAUGAUUUGAAGGAAGCGGCAAGACGGGAAGUGCAGAUGGAGCGGGAGGCGGCAGCGAUAGCGAAGGACGAGGAGGGUGGGUACGGGGAUAUCAAAUUCCCGGCGAACGCGGCCAUGGUAUCCAAGAAAAAAACUGUGUAAGUGUAAAUCUGUGAUGCAGAAAAUGCCAAACAGUUACACUUGUCAUGCUCGACAUGCAUGACCGGCUCGCUUCCUAUGUGUUUUCCCUUUGUAUCUGCGCAUAACAAGUUUGUUCCGUCAUGGCAGACAAACUUGUGAUGCUGUUUUCCCAAAAGACUUACAUUAACACAGUUUUUUUCUUGGAUACGUGAUGGUGGAUAGCGAAUAUAAGCAAGACGCGAUGUUGCGGUUUCUCUACAGCAAAAUCGUGAUCCAACAGAGAAGGUGGUGAUAGACAUGGAUUAGUUUUCGAAAAGAAAAAGUGACAUUGGCAUCAAGGAGCAUUAGCUUAGCACUUGAGCAAGCCUCGUUUUGGCAACCUGUAUCUCAUAAUUUCUGGCCAUGUACGAUCCACCUUUGGACUUGACUUGUGUCUGACCAUGUACAAUUGAAAAGUGGAAACUUGUUUGAUGUUAUCGAAGAUACGGCAAGAAACUUUAACCUUACGGCGACUCCGAUACCGACGGAUGGCGCGGUCGGGUGUAAAAGUAGAUACUGUUCUGUGCUGUGCAAUCGGCGCAUUCCUGCGAGUAAUUUUUACAUCAGCC